AUGGCUGAUUCUAUUUCUCAAGAUGCUUUAAUAAUAUCAUUUAAAAUUCAAGUUAAACUUAAUUUUUAUCGUCAAAAAGCUCUAAUAACAAAAAAUCAACAUCUUGCUACUAUGAAUAUUUUAACUCACGUCAUAGAACCAUCAA